AAUAACUUCCACUAAAAAUCCGCAAAUCCUAGCCAUCCGAUUAGAGAUCAAGGGCUGAAACGAUCUCCUUCCCCAACGGCCGGUGCCAAAAACGAACCAUUACUUCCACUACCCCACACCGCAGCGCACGCGCAUGUGGGAUUCCCCUCCUCCUCUUCCUCUUCCCGCCCUCCCCCUCCACUCCACCUCUCUCCCCUCUCCUCAACCCAACCGCCCAAUCGAAUCCCCCAAACCGCAGCAACGGCGGCGCGGCGCGGCGGAAACCCUAGCUCUACCCUCCUCCUCCGGUCGCAUCCUCCCCGGCAUCGCCGCCGAUGGCGGGCCCUCCCGGCCCGGCACCGGGCACCUCCUCCUCCUCCUCCUCCCUGCCCAGCCGCCGCCGCCGCCGCCCCCCUCCGCGCCUCGGCCGACGCCGCGGCGGCGAUGAUCAACAGCCCCCGCAUCCUCCAAAGGCCUCGUCGGAGGCUCUCCCCUGCGCGGCCUCCCCGCCCGCGCGGUGCCGCGGCGGUGAUCACCAGCCCCCGCAUCCUCCCGAGGCCGCGUUAGAGGCUCUCCGCGGCGCGGCCUCCCCUCCCGCGCGGCGCCGCGGCGGUGAUCUACAUCCCUCGCAUCCUCCCGAGGCCGCGUCGGAGGCUCUCCGCGGCGCGGCCUCCCCUCCCGAGCGGCGCCGCGGCGGUGAUCGACAGCCCUCGCAUCCUACCGAGGCCGCGUCGGAGGCUCCCUCCGGCUCGGCCUCCCCGCCCGCGCGGCGCCGCGGCGGCGAUCAACAGCCUCCGCCCGCUGUGGCGGUGGCGGUGACUAGUGAAGGCGGCGUGGGUCCCCGCCGCUCGUUCCGCAUCAGCCUGCGGCACCGCGUGCGUGUGGUCCCGUGGGUGAAGCCACCCGUGGCGAGGAAGCCCAAGGACCCCGCGAAGCCCCCGCGCCCGUCGAUCGAGGCGCUCGCGGCGGAAUGGGCGAAGGAGAAGGCAGCUUCCGGGGCCCCCGAGGAGGAGUGCGUCCUGCCUUUCCUCCAGAAAGAUGCGCCUAAGAAGGUUGAGUGCCUGGUUUGCUCAAAGAGUAUUCUGCCUGAUGACAAGAUGUGUUGUUCAGUUCGUGAUUGUGAUGCAAAGCUGCAUAAGGCUUGUUCUGAAAAAGGAUGCAGGUCCAACAGAUGGUAUAGAGGUGAUCUAUACUUCCUUUUCAUAGGUCUCAUCUGUAUUAUUGAACACUACAACCUAUCUAUAUGUGAAGCCUUCCGGCGCUUACCCCUCCCACACACUUUCCAAGAGUUCAACAUUGACCCUAUAAAGAAAGAGGAAUUGGACAAUGGGACAGAACCACCUCCAUAUGUACACAUGAAGCGUAAUCUUUAUCUUGUCAAGAACAAAUGUGAUGAUGAUUCCAUUGAAGGUGGAUGCACUAAUUGUCUCCCUGAUUUUACCUGUAAAUUAAGCUGUUCAUGCAGGUCUCUAUUGGUUAGCUGCUCUCGGGCUUGUCACUGCUCAGAUGAGUGCACUAACAAACCAUUUCGCCGACAGAAAAAGAUUGAGAUCGUUAAGACACAAUAUUGUGGAUGGGGAUCUAGAGCACUGGAAGCCAUUGAGAAAGAUGAUUUUGUCAUAGAAUUUGUUGGAGAAGUUAUUGAUGAUGAGACUUGUGAAGAAAGGCUUGAGGACAUGAGAAGGCGUGGAGAUAAGAAUUUCUACAUGUGUAAAGUCAAAAAGGACUUUGUAAUUGAUGCAACAUUCAAAGGAAAUGAUUGCCGCUUUUUUAACCACAGUUGUGAACCUAAUUGCCAGUUACAGAAAUGGCAAGUCAAUGGCAAGACAAGGCUAGGUGUGUUUGCUUCAAAAGCUAUAGAAGUGGGGGAACCCUUGACCUACGACUACAGAUUCGAGCAACAUUAUGGUCCUGAAAUAGAAUGUUUUUGCGGGGCUCAAAACUGCCAAGGGAAUAUGUCUGUGAGUGGUAAAGAUUGAUUUAAGUUGUAUGCUGUUAGGAGGUACAUAGAAGGUCCAAGGCCAUGGCAAAUGGCAGUAAAUUCAACAUAUAGUGAAUAUUGAUUGGGAAGCACAUUCUAUUCCUGUCUUUACAAUGUGUCAUAGACAAUUUGUUCGUACUCAUCCUUCUGGUUUAGGCUUGCAAUAGUGUUAUACAAUAGGGUACCCUAUACACCAUUCUUUGAUGUGUUCAAAUUUUACUACUAUGUAAGUACGACAAACGCAUAGUGUAAAUAUUGAUACAGUGCUAUAUACUAUUCUUUAGACUCCAUAUAUCCUAAACUUUGAGUGAA